AUGACGCCCGAACAACUGCAAACAUACAACAAGGCCUCGAAAAAGAUCCUCAUCAUCGUCUCCGACGCCUCAAGCUUCCCCCUCUACAACACUGGCAACGAUGGCAAGACCGUCUCCCAGGACUCCGGCUACUUCCUCAUGGAACUCGCCAAGCCCCUCCAAAAAUUCCUCGACGCCGGCUACGAAGUAACAUUCGCCUCACCUGAAGGCAAGGAGCCCACACCAGACCCAAACAGCCUAUCACUCAUGGCAUUUGCCGGCAACUUCUACGAGCGCCAGCGCGAACUUGACCUCAUCGAGCGCAUGAAGAAAGAGAAUGGAUUCAGCCGACCGCGCAAGUUCAGCGAGAUCAGCGAUGACCAGCUAAAGAACUUUGGCGGCGUGUUCAUCCCAGGCGGGCAUGCACCGCUGAGUGAUCUGGGCGACAAUGCGGAUCUAGGACGCAUACUCAGCCACUUCCAUCAGAAUGCUAAACCGACUGCUGCGCUGUGCCAUGGGCCGUGGGCGUUCUUGUCGACGAAGUAUGGCCCGCAGAAGGAGUUUGCGUACAAAGGAUACAAGAUGACGAGCUGGAGUGAUGCUGAGGAGAAGAUGAUGGAGGUGUACUUCAGGGGCGAGAUUACGAAGGUCGAGGGUACGCUGAGAGAAGAGGGUGCGGAUAUGCAGGAGGGUUUGGCGAAGAGCAUGGGUAGUAUUACGGUGGAUCGGGAGCUGAUCACUGGUGAUAAUCCGAUGGCGGCGAAUGCCAUCGGAGACAAGUUCUUGGAAAUGCUCGCAGGGGUGAAAUGA